AUGGCUACAACCGCAGCAUCACUUCAACCGUUAAAGCACGUGGCGUCUACCUCGCUCGAGCAUUCUGGCACCCGUACUAGUACUGAGAUUGUCACACCGAUUCGAUCUACCUCGCAAACCUUUGCGUCAGGCUCUACAAAACCAAAAGACGAAGCUCACGGGUUUGGUAUCUUGCAGCACACAGGUCCACCCGCGAAAGAUGAUGUUCUGGGUCUAUAUAGAGAUGGGCGCGUCCGAAAUCCUGUACCCAGCAAGCUGAAGGGCAAGACGGACGCUAGAAAAGGGAAUUUUGGGGUCAUGCAUAUAGACCUUUCCACCACCAACGAAACCCAGGAGCGUGACGCGGCAGCGAAGCGCACAAGCGAGGGAACUCAGCUUGCGGCCAAACGAGCUCAGACCGAUCGCUAUGUUCCCUUUAAACGCAGCAAGUUCAUCUAUCGGCCCGAAGAUCAAGUCGCGUCCAGCCCGCAACAGCCCGAUGGAGCCUGGCAGAAGACCUCGCCACUCACCGUAGCCGAAACCAAGGCCGAACAGGCUCGGUUACUGAGUUUAUUGCAAAGCUUGCAGCCUGUUCUAGUCGUUGAUCAAUUAUGCAAGGCACUUGCCUUCUUCGGCGAGGUUUCCAAUACGCAGUCUCCCACCAAUGAAGCCUUUCCUGAGAGCGCAAAAGCUAACGGUCCUGGUUCCCUCUUUGUGGGCUGGCUUGCUGAAAUUUUCCCAGCCCUCAGUCAAGAGUCGAUACAGAGUGCACAGCACCCACCGUCGAAGCGUCCACGAGGUCGCCCCAAAGGAAGUAAGAAUACGAAGGGAAAGAAAGACAAUGUUGCUAGGAAACGAUUUGUUCCUGCUGGCCCCUUAGCAGAUCCCACAGGGUACAGCCUUGUCACCAGUGGUUUAGUCAGGGAGUCUGUCCUGGACGACAGCUGGGUCGACAUGGACGAUACCACAGGAACCGAGGGACAGAUUCUAGAAGGGCAGCUGGAGCAAAGGUCCACGACUCCGUCUCGCAACAAUCAAGUCAUGGCCGGUCCAAAUGCUGCUGACAGUGUGCUGGGCAGCGCUUCUGCCAAGGCAGCUCCCGUUACGUCGACUCCGAAGCGGCGAGGGAGACCGAAAGGCUCCAAAAAUCGGCCAAAGCACAAGACUAUAUUGAACAACGAGAUUGAGAGUGCUCAGGAUGUAUCUAGCGCAGCAACUGGUUCCGCCAUGUUGCCGAAUGAAGUGGCAGACGAUGCGAGGUCCUCGGUUGUGCCAAUACCCUCAAGCGCACCCAAUGACCCUGUUGAAACCGGAAUGGUCGGCGUUAAGAAACGGAAACCAGGACCAGGACGCCCCAAGGGUUCCAAAAACCGACCUAAAGAAACGUAUCAGAGCCUGCCAGAGAAGCUGUUGGAGACGAUUUGA